AUUUUUCAGGUAUAAUACUUUAUAAGGAUGACAAAACAUCAUAAAUCGAUUUUAGCUGUGGUUGAUGAGAUAGUCUCUUAUUCAUCAGUAUGUUCUACAAGUGAUGAAUCAGAAUUUUUGAAGUUUGCAAGAAAUCAGGAAGAUUGUCGGCUGAAAUGGUUGAAAUCAGAAGAAGCAAAUCGUAUGUUACAAGAACGUAUUUUUCAACUACAAGCAGAGAAAGAGGCAUUAGAUGUAAAAUUGAAACAUGCAAGAAAUCAAAUUGACAUAGAGAUGCAGAGAAGAAGGAAAGCAGAAACUGGACAAGAGGAACUGGAUCGGCAAAUCUGCCUAAUCAGAGAGUUGUUGGGAGAUGGUAAACUUAACACUUUAAAUGACAAAGAACGAGAGAGUCUAGCUUUCCUUAAUGGCACAGCUUAUCAUCAGAAUGGCACACCAGUACGGAGAUUGUCGGCUAUUGAUGAAUCUGGUGAUUUGCUUUCUCCAUCUGAUAUUAGUUAUGAUCAUACAGAAGAUGAUCUUGAUUCUUCUUGUCUAAGAGGUGGAAAGAAGUGGCGUAAAGACUACCCUCAAACAAGAAAGGUUGAAGGGUAUAUCCUGUCUGCAACAGCUAAGAGAGAUACAUCAGUGAUUACCACAACAACAGUUACAGUGCCAUCUUCUGGACCAGUCACAGCUGCUACUCACAUUGAAACAAUACCAUCACUUCAGCAGAAUUUCCAAAGGCCCCAACCACUACAGACUCGUUCAAAGCCCACUCGAGAUCAUAUGAAGUUGAAUCAAGGUCAUGAUGAAAGUGAUGAUUCUUUUUGGGGUGCUCCUGAGAACCAGCACCUGAAAGCAGCAUUGUAUAACUCUCCAGCUCCUAAAUCACCAGUUCUGAGUCCACAAAGUGCCCCUUCACAAAGUCCAAAGAAGCCACAACGUCCUCAUACGUUUGUAACUAAGACUGUUAUUAAACCAGAAUCCUGUAAUCCUUGUGGCAAGAGGAUUAAAUUUGGCAAAUAUGCAUUGAAGUGUAAAGAUUGCCGUGCAGUUUGUCAUCCAGACUGUAAGGAGAUGGUAGCAUUGCCCUGUGUUCCAUCAGCAAGUACUCCAGGUAAAAAAUUAUCCAACACCUUGGGAGACUAUGUACCAACUUCGAGUCCUUUGGUUCCAGCAAUAGUUGUAAGUAAUAAUAUAUCAUACUUAUUGGCUUGUUUUGGUACAAUUGUUAUAAUUCCUACAUAUAUUUAUAAGUGCCACUGGUCACAAGCUGUUAAAGAUCUAAAAGAGAAAAUCCUACGAAGCAAAGGAAAUCCACAGCUUGAGAAGGUGCCUGACAUUCAUGUAGUUUGUGGGACAUUGAAAGAUUUCCUCCGUCACCUUGAUGAGCCUUUAGUUACAUACAAACUUCACAAAGCAUUUAUGAAUGCCACAGAGUAUUCAGACAAUGAGGAUGGCAUUACUGCAAUUUACCAAGCUAUCAGUGAGUUGCCCCAAGCCAACAGAGAUACCCUGGCAUAUCUUAUACUUCACCUUCAAAGGGUUACUGAAUGUCCAUCAUGUCGUAUGCCAUCGGCAAAUCUUGCAAAGGUUUUUGGACCAACUAUUGUAGGACAUUCAUGUGCUGAUCCUGAGCCAAUGGUCAUGUUAAAUGACACCAAGAAACAACCAAAGGUUAUUCACCUCCUAAUGUCUUUACCGUCUGACUUCUGGAGAGCCUUCAUAAAUAUUGACACAGAAAAUGUUCAUGGAGGCAGCAACAAUAUCAUAGCCAACAACAAUGCUGGAACCCCUGGGGAAAACUCAGUUCCAUCAAGUAUGUUGGGACCUGUCCAUACACCUGGCAAAUCAUACCAUGUACAGUUACUUGCCUAAGUCGAGUUAGCUUAUUUCUUAUGGGUAAUGUAAGUAAUGAUAUAUACAGGUACAGUAUUAACUCUGUGGCUUGUGUUAAUAAAUACUGCUUUUUUUACAAUGUUGCUCAUAUAUAUACUAUAUUAAGUUUACUGUAAAAUAUGAAUUUAACCAUCAUGUCACAUUGAACUGAAUUUCAAAGUAGAUCAAGUUUAACUAUGUCAAUGUUCUGAAUACUUUGAUAAAUAUAUUUAGAUUUGUUCUCAAUGCAAUGGAAGGUUGAUGGGAACUAUACUUCAUGUGAUAAAUAUAUAUUAUAUGGGGAGUAUGCUGGUGUAUAGGAAAACAUUGACCAUUGAUAACUAAUUAUCCAUAUAUGGAGCAAGUGAAUGACCAUAAACGUUUGACCAUAUUGGUGACUAAAUAACCAUAUGGAGUAACUGAAUGACAAUUACAUUUUGUAAACAUGCAGAAUCCUUAAAAAGUUUUUGUAAUUCAGUGUUUAAUUUGUGAAUAAAGUUAAUACCUGUAUGCUUGAAUAAUUAAGAUUUGUUGUAUUUUUUCUCAAUUUUAUUUUAGGAAGGCUAAGAUAUGCAAGUUGUAUACGAAAUUGAAUAAAGUUAACAAAAAAAAAAU